CAUCCCGAUCUUCUGCAGCAUUAGUAGCACCAUCGUCACCUUGUCUGCAAGGAUACCAUCGCAAUCGUGGUCGGAACCCAAUUCCGGGUGCCACAUCUGAGAGCACUGGUUGACCUGCAUUGUCUCGCCAUAUAAGCCUGCUCUUCGGGUUCUCAAUCAAUGCGUCUAGCUCAGUUUGUUGUGGUGUGAAUUUUUGAAGAUUGGUGAACAUUUGGGAAAGUGUCAUUGAGGUUCUUGAAGUUUUAACGGAUAUUCGACGUGGGUUUUGUUACGUUGGAUUGUGGACAUUUGCAGGGUUUUCGCCUUCAAAGGAAAUCAGGAAGAGAGUAACGCGAGGGAGAAAUUUUGGUGCGAGCGAGAGCAUGUGCGUUGGCUGUAUUUGGUAGUAGUUGGUGGUCAGGAGAAGAUUAGACAUGACAGGAGCUCGGAAGCUUGUCGUGGAGGUUAUCUCAGCCAAGGAUCUUAUGCCCAAGGAUGGGCACGGGUCGUCGAAUGCUUAUUGCGUGCUGGACUACGAUGGCCAGCGAAAGCGGACCAAGGUGAAGUCCAAGGAUCUAGAUCCGACAUGGAAUGAGAAGUUUGAGUUUGCGAUUCAUGAUCCCUCUGCGCCUGGGGUCCUGGAAAUAAAUGUCCAGAAUGAGAUGAACAGCGGCACUGGAAGGCGGAGCAGCUUUUUGGGACGAAUAGUGGUACCUGUGAGUACUGUGCCUCCCAAGCCAGAGGCUGUGAGAUGGUAUCCGUUGCAAAAGCGAGGCCUCUUCUCGCACAUCAAAGGAGAUCUAGGGCUUAAAAUUUGGUGGGCACUGGACGAGCCACCAAAGGCCAAGAAUGAGAAGAAGGAAGAGAAGAAACUAAAGGAAGAAAAGACCGAGGGAGCCGGGGGGAAGAAGGAGGGUGGGGGUGGAGGGAAAAAGAAUCAGAGCAAGGAUGAUGGAGGCGGAGACCAAGAAAACCAAGGGACUGCGAAGUCCGAAGGUGAUGGAGACGCAAAAGAGAAUGUCAAAGUCGGUGAUGGAGGUGGCGAUGAAAAGCCCAAAGGUGGUGGUGGUGAGCAGAAUUCCAAGGGAGCUGGAGGAAACGGUGGCAACGCUGGUGGCAAAUCCAAAGAGGUCAAGAAAGAGGUGAAGGCAGACAACCAACCGCAGAUGCCUAGACCUUCUCUAAUAACUGUGCCUGAAACCGACUUCACCGUGAAGGAAACAAAUCCAGAUUUGGGCAAGGCUGUCGAUUACAGACAACAUUUCGAUUUGGUCGAGCAGAUGUCAUAUCUAUUUGUCCGUGUGGUUAGAGCACGAGGUCUGAUGGGGAAGGACACCAAUGGCUUAAGCGACCCUUAUGUUCGCAUUACGGUAGGACCUGUGAGGACGGAGACGAAGAUCAUCAAGCACGAUCUUAAUCCGGUAUGGAACCAAGUGUUUGCUGUUGGGAAAGACAAACUCCAAGGUGGAACUCUAGAAUUGUCUGUGUGGGAUGCGGACAAGCAAUCCAAGGAUGAUUUCCUCGGUGGAUUCAUGAUUGAUCUCUCCGAGGUCCCAGUUCGGAAGCCUCCUGAAAGCCCGCUCGCUCCCCAGUGGUACAGGCUGGAGUCUAAGGUUGGACCUGGAAGAGUUAGAGGAGAGAUUAUGGUUGCAAUUUGGUGGGGAACUCAAGCUGAUGAGGUCUUCCCUGAAGCUUGGCACUCGGAUACUGGCGGCCAUGCUAUGUUUCGAUCCAAAACUUACCUUUCACCAAAGCUUUGGUACUUGCGAGUGAAUAUUAUCGAGGCUCAAGAUUUGGUUGCAAUGGAUAAGGGACGUCUUCCAGAGCCGUUCGUAAGAGCGCAAGUCGGUCCUUACCAAAUGUUACGAACAAGGCCUUCAGCAGCAGUAAGGGGUUCCAGUCCCUUCUGGAACGAAGACUUAAUGUUUGUUGCUUCAGAGCCUUUUGAGGAUUGGCUGAAUCUUCUAGUUGAAGACGCUGCGGGCCCUAUGGGUGAGAUUCUGGGCCUCGCCAGAAUACCCCUCAGCACUAUCGAGCGUCGAAUCGAUGGUCGCCCAGUGCCCUCAAGAUGGUACAUCUUGGAGAGAGAGGGUGGGAAAGGAGGACCCUUUUUAGGUCGCAUCCAUCUAAGGCUGUGCUUCGAUGGUGGUUACCAUGUGAUGGACGAAUCUCCUAACUAUAUCAGCGACACACGACCAACUGCAAGACAAUUGUGGAGGCCUCCCCUUGGUGUUUUGGAGCUUGGUAUUCAUGGGGCUAACAAUCUACUCCCUAUGAAGACUACCAAAGAUAACAGAGGGACCACAGAUGCGUAUUGUGUUGCAAAGUACGGACCGAAGUGGGUUCGAACACGUACAAUUUUCGAUACAUUCAAUCCGCGAUUUAAUGAGCAGUACACCUGGGAGGUCUAUGAUCCUUGCACUGUUAUUACCGUGAGUGUCUUCGAUAAUCGUCAUACGCAACCUACGGGACCUGCACAAGUUAAGGACCUGCCAAUUGGAAAGGUCCGAAUCAGACUCUCAACUCUUGAGAGUGACCGGGUGUACACAAACGCGUACCCUCUGCUAGUUGUCACACCCCAGGGAGUAAAGAAGAUGGGUGACAUUGAGCUGGCUGUGCGAAUGACCUGUGCAUCAACGGCCAAUUUGAUGCACGCCUACGUUCAGCCUCAGCUACCGCGCAUGCACUUCUUUUAUCCCAUUGAACCAAGGCAACAGGAGCACUUACGAGUGGCAGCCAUGAACAUCGUGGCGCUGAGGCUCAUGAGAGCUGAGCCUCCAUUGAGGCAGGAGGUUGUAAGGUUCAUGCUCGACACUGAGGCUGAGCGGUGGAGCAUGCGUAGAAGUAAAGCGAACUAUUUUAGAAUUAUGGGUGUCCUCCAUGGCGUGUUAGCCAUCAUGAACUGGUUUUCCGACAUCUGCAGUUGGAAGAGCCCUGUGACCACUGUUCUCGUACACAUCCUGUUCCUGAUACUCGUUUGGUAUCCUGAGCUAUUACUGCCUACCAUGUUUCUGUAUAUGUUUUUAAUUGGUGCUUGGAAUUACCGCUUCCGAUCGCGGAUCCCUCCCUUCAUGGAUUCCAAACUCUCGCAAGGAGAGUAUAUUGGAGAUUUGGAUGAGUUGGAGGAGGAAUUCAACGUAGUACCUGCCAACAGAGCUGCAGAGGUCCUGAAGCUAAGAUACGAGCGGUUGAGGUCUGUUGCCGGUCGCAUCCAAAAUGCCCUUGGUGACCUUGCCAGUAUGGGUGAAAGGCUUCAUUCUCUUCUUAGUUGGCGUGAUCCUAGGGCAACUGCAAUGUUCAUAACCUUCUGUCUACUCACUGCGAUAAUACUGUAUGUGACUCCGUUUCAAGUGGCGGCUGUGCUGCUGGGCGUUUACGUGUUGCGUCACCCCCGGUUCCGUGAUCCUUUGCCUGGACUGCCAAUAAACUUCUUCAAAAGGCUUCCAUCGCAAUCUGACCGUAUACUAUAGUAGUAUAAGCCAAUUUCAUUCUUUGCAGAUGCAUCUGGGGAAUGUUCACCCUCAUGCCUCAGCUGAUGAGUUUUGUUCUGUCAGCAUUUUUAUCGAAAUUUUAUUUUUAGGAAAGACUUAUAGGUCCUGUCUAUAUUGAGCAGUGGAGGAGAGAUGUCAAAAGAGACAUGUGAGGUAGGUGUAAAUUUAACUUGUGCGAUUACAAAAUCUUGUUUACCGUCGUAUACCAUACUUCACAUAUCGGAUAAUGAUUUCGAGUAUACGUACAACUGCUUAGUCUGCAAUUCUUGCUCAUUCCCUAAUGAUCUGCUGUUGUGUCCUGCGAAUGGUCUCGGUGAAAGUAUUGAACAGUUAUGGUCCAGUAACUGCGCGAAAAUAAUACCCGAGUAUUGGGGGUGCGACAUGCUCUAUAUAGCACAAGACACAAAUAUUUAGUUUAGUUCUCCUCACUGAUGGAUUCUGCCUGAGUAGACGUGGAGAAACACCGAGUGUCUUUUGGGAAUCUCAAAUGUUCGGGAAGGAGCGCGAUGAGCGGCAACUGAAGGCUCUUCAAGUUAUAUUGUGUCAAAUGGCAGGUCAGCGCAGCGGAAUUGGUCCAGCCAGCACUUCGUAGGUGCUCGCCACGACAGCCACUGUCCUGUGGUACGUUAGACCGGAAAGAAACUUCUGUGGACACCUCAGACCCAUUAGGCAUGUACAUCCAACAACAUACACAUCUGGCACCGUCUGCCGAUGCACUGCAGACUAUGUUCUCUUCCGUGCACAAGCACUGCAAACGUUCCGCUACAGAAGCCCAUACACAUUUAUUGCUCUUUCUGGGAUAGAUAAUCCCCGUUUGCUUCUUCAUGAGGAUGUGUCCAUGUGGUGGUGGCCUUCUUUGGUGUUCUCCACAAUCACGACCACGAAAACCUUAGAAGGCAACUCGAAACCCUUCUUUUUAACCUUGAAACUGUAACUAAUCUCUCGUCCUCCUUCUCUUUCAUCCUUGCAGUAUUUCUCAUUCUGCAGUCAUAGUAUUCUGUUUUCCUAUCAUGAGGGCGAUAAUCGUGCACACAUAGAACAAUACCGUAGGCAGCUAUUUCUGCAGUAACAGCCGAAGUGUUUAGAGAGUUCUUGCUUUAGCUUGUCUAGAAACUAGGCGCUGAUUUUGAUACUAGUAGUGUUGACCUGCUUCAUAUUGUUCACAUGUGUGUCCAUACUGAAAGGAACUUAAUCAACACUCUCCGAAAUUCAAUGGGAUGUACUCAUGUCUGGGAUGGAGUAUUAAGAGCUUAACAAGAGUA